UUUUUCUUCUCGAAUUUGUGGGCUAAAUUCAUUUGAUUUUUUCCACCUGCAGAAGCUUUCUUGAUAUUCAGAAAAAGAAAAAGAAAAAGAAAAAGAUGUCAACAUUCACAGGAACUUUAGAUAAAUGCAAGGGUUGUGACAAGACUGUUUAUUUUGUUGAUUUGUUAUCUGCAGAUGGAGCAACUUUUCAUAAAUCUUGCUUCAAAUGCAGCCAUUGUAAAGGCACCCUUGUGAUGAGCAACUAUUCUUCCAUGGAUGGAGUACUUUACUGCAAGCCACAUUUUGAGCAACUUUUCAAAGAAUCUGGAAAUUUCAGCAAGAAUUUUCAGACUACAAAGCACGAAAGGGAAAAUUCAACGACAAAAGCACCAAACAAGCUCUCCGCCAUGUUCAGCGGAACCCAAGACAAAUGUUCUGCGUGUAACAAAACUGUGUACCCACUAGAGAAGGUGACAAUGGAGGAAGAAUCAUACCACAAAUCGUGCUUCAGGUGUGCCCAUGGAGGGUGUCCCCUCACUCAUUCAUCAUAUGCUGCUCUUGAUGGAAUUCUAUACUGCAAAGUCCAUUUGCAGCAGCUCUUCAUGGAGAAAGGAAACUACCAGCAUGUAAAGGAUGCCACUCAUAAGAAGGGUGCUGGAGAGGAACGGGAUGACACCCCGACCAAGGCCGAGGAAGCGGAGGCGGACGAGCAGCCGAAGGAGGAGGCAGACCCUGAGACACAAGAACAAUCCUAAAUACACACAAAAACACAUUAUAUUGGUUUGUUUCAAAAUUCUUGCUAUUGUUAGUUUUUAACUUUAGGUUUUCUGAUUAAUUCUUGACAGAUUAAAAAUUUUACAAAGUGGACUUUGUAAGCAUUUAGGAGGUUAUAUAAUUUGUUUCUACAAAAACCUUGUACAAUUUUG